UUUCAUCACAGUGAUGCAAAAAAAAAAAAAAAAUAUUCUCCAGCUUCAGCCGUGACCUAGUUCAUUCAAGGGCAGGCAAAACUUGCUCUCCUUCCAGAACUUGCUUGGACGCGGACUUUUCCCUCCUAAGAAGACAUGAGUUUUUCUGAAACAGACCCAACUGUGCUUUGAUUUGUUUGUGGACGAGACCCUGAAUCUCAGUCCCUGUCAGGGGACAAGGACAUAAAGACGUCCAAUCAAUGCUUCACAUACGGCCAGGGGACCCCGACAGCAAGCCAGCCCUCCAAUAACAUCUCCUGGAUAAACAGAAUUGAAAAAUCACGUGGCAUGAAAGGAUGACAGACCCAAGCUGCCCCCGGAGGCACACACUGUGUUUUCUAUCAACCUUACUUUCCCAGAAGGUUCCGGAGAAGUCUGACGUCGUGCUUCGAUGCAUGAUAGCUGGUCAGCCCAAGCCAGAGGUGACUUGGUACAAGAAUGGUGAAGCCAUAGAGGAGGGAGGCAGUGUUUCCAGCUAUGAGUUCUUUGAGAACCAGUACAUUCAUUUGCUCCAUCUCUCAUGCUGUACCCAGAGCGAUGCUGCUGUUUAUCAAGUCUCUGCAAGAAGCCGCGAGGGGAUGAUCUGCUGUUCGGCAUCCGUUGAGGUCCAGUGUCUGCAGGACGCGCAAGUGUCUCCUGACCCAGGAGGUGCCAGGGAUGUGGUGGGCAAACAUGAAACAGAGAGACAUGAAGGAGAUGACAUAAAGCACACAGACGAGAAAUGGAGCCCUUGUAAGGGAGAAGAAAGUGUGGGGGGUUGCAUGUCAGCUGAUUCCUCCCCCCACAAAUCCAGCCACUCAUGGUUGCCCCAGAGAGAGGCCAUGUAUGACUCUGGUGCUUCCAAUUCUGAGAAUCCUCUAGAUGUUAAAGAGACAAGACAAAGGAUAGAGCCGUACAGUUCAAACAACACACAAGACAAUUCCUUUCAUUCAGAUAACACUACUGAAAAACAGGAUGUAUGUCAGCACAGGACAGGGCAUGCAACUGAGCCGGGGUUAACUGGUGGUGACCUAGGUAGCAAAGGGGCUAAUGAGGAGGGUGUGACCCCUCGUCAUCAAAACCCCAAAGCACAGAAAUACAUCAGUUUUAGUCUCCCACUGCCGGAGGCCACCCUGUGUCCUUACCCAGGUGACAGCAACUCCAUCACCGUGCAGCCCGGCCCACAGGUUUCCAGUGAAGACUCUGACAGUGACUAUGAACUUUGCCCAGAGAUAACCCUAACUUACACGGAGGAGUUUUCGGAUGAUGACCUGGAGUAUCUGGAAUGUUCCGAUGUUAUGACGGAUUACUCUAACGCCGUUUGGCAAAGUAGCCUGCUGGGGACUGACCGAGUUUUUUUAUUAGAAAGCGAUGACGAAGAGAUGGCAUUGAAUGAGUGUGGUCCGGGUGGGCGUGAGCAUUUCCUCAGUGAAAUGGGUUGUGGGCCUCGGGUGUCGGGUGACAUGGGGCCUACGAAUGCCACCACUGGCUUGUGUCCUUAUCACUCACAACCCCAGGAAGUGGGGGUCAGGAGCAGCGGAGCCUCCAGGCAUAGUCCCUUACCCCUGCAUGCAGGAAUGACUCUUACUCUGGGACCUCACCAGGAUGGAACGGCUAAGAUGACUGAACUGGGGAGGGCUCCACUCCCUACUGCUUCCGAGGCUGUUGGACAUGAUUGUCCAGGAAUUCGGGGAGAAACCAGAGACAACCCUGAAGCGGGAGAGGAAUUCUCCAGUGACAGUCUGCAGACCAUGGAUAAGGCAGAGACGGAGGCAGGGGUGAGGCCCUCGUCUGGGGGGUUAGAAAAGUCAGAAGUGAAGCAGGGUUUGAAAAGCCUGGCUGGGGAAAGAGCAGAUGAAAAGCAUCCGGGCAGCAGAAAGGCUGCCCAGAGACCCACCAGGGCGAGGCGGCCCGGAAUGAAGGCAAAUGCCAAGAAGCAGCUGCUGAAAGACAAUUCUCCAAAAGACACGCUUGAUCUGCUCCCCAAGGAACCGACUAGGCACCCCUUAACUGGGAACUAUGGACAAGAGCCCACACACUCCGAGGCAGGAGCUGCUGGCUGGAAUUCCCACUUCCAUGCAGAACCGUGUAUUCCACUUCCUGCAGAGCACGACACCAAAACCCCUCGGCCACCAGCAGACCCACUUCCGAAGGAAGGGGACACAAGCUUGGGGAGAAGAGGGGAGCUGUUUAAUCAAAUAUUUGAAGCAAGCCAGAUAGCAGACCAGACUGACCAUCUUCAGAUUUUGGCAAUGCUAAGGAUUGAAUCUCAUGGUUUGCAUGCCUUCAACAAGUACUCUAUCCCCAUUCAGAAUUCAUGCCUUACUAAAGACUUUUUUUUAAGAUAA